ACACGUUGAUAAGAGAUGGCAAAGCUUAUGUUGACAACACUCCGGGUGAAGUCAUGAAGCAGGAGAGGGAGAGCAGGAUGCCUUCAAAGUGUAGGGACAGAUCUGUUCAAGAUAAUCUCAAUAUGUGGGAGGAGAUGAAGGCGGGGUCUGAAGCUGGUCUCCAGUGUUGCUUACGUGCUAAGAUUGACUAUGCCUCUGAUAAUGGCUGCAUGAGGGACCCAGUACUGUACAGGUGUAAGCUGGAACCACACCCACGAACCAAAACUAAAUACAAAGUGUAUCCUACAUAUGAUUUUGCUUGUCCAUUGGUGGACAGUAUUGAAGGUGUUACUCAUGCUGAGCACUUUGCCAAGAUUCUUUGGAAAACCCUGUACUUCUUUGAUGCUGAGAUAAAGAAGCUUGGUGUUGAAAACUGUUAUUUCCCAAUGUUUGUCUCUGGAUCAGCUCUACAAAAAGAAAAGGAUCACAUUGCUGAUUUUGCCCCCGAGGUUGCCUGGGUAACCAAGUCCGGCCAAUCAGAAUUAGCUGAGCCGAUAGCUAUCAGACCUACAUCAGAGACAGUGAUGUAUCCAUCAUAUGCCAAGUGGGUUCAGUCACACAGAGACCUCCCACUUAAACUUAAUCAAUGGUGCAAUGUUGUACGUUGGGAGUUCAAGCAUCCUCAGCCAUUCCUGCGUACCAGAGAGUUCCUCUGGCAAGAGGGACACACAGCACACGCUACUAAAGCUGAAGCUGAGAAAGAGGUACUGGAUAUUCUAACGUUAUAUCAAAGAGUUUAUGAAGAGCUAUUGGCUGUUCCUGUUAUUCCUGGCUGGAAGACAGAGAAGGAAAAGUUUGCAGGUGGAGAUUAUACUACCACUGUUGAAGGAUUUGUAGCAGCCAGUGGUAGAGGAAUACAGGCUGCUACUUCUCAUCAUUUGGGUCAGAACUUUUCUAAAAUGUUUGAUAUUAAAUUUGAAAAUCCUAACCAAGAAGAAGGAGAUGAUCAUUGUUUUGCAUAUCAGAAUUCCUGGGGUAUUACUACACGCAGUAUUGGUAUAAUGGUAAUGGUUCAUGGGGACAAUAGAGGACUGAUACUACCACCCAAUGUGGCCAAUAUACAGGUGAUUGUUGUUCCUUGUGGUAUAACAGCAACAGUUGAUGAUACUAAAAGAAAUGAAUUAACUAAAUAUUGUGAAUCAUUGAUCAGUUCAUUGACUGAGGCUGGGAUUAGAGCUAAAGGAGACUUUAGAUACAAUUAUUCUCCUGGUUGGAAGUUCAAUAACUGGGAACUAAAGGGUGUUCCAAUGCGUAUAGAAGUUGGUCCACGUGAAGUUACUAAUAAGAAUAUUGUUAUUGUUCCUCGUGAUACUACUGGAGUAAAGGAACCAUGCAGUAUAGCUGCUGCCACAGAAACUGUACAGAAGAAAUUGAAAGAGAUUCAAGAGAGACUUUAUGCAAAGGCUAAGGCUGAAAUGGAUGAACACAUUGCUGUACUUGAUAACUGGGAUGACUUCUGUAGCAGUUUAGACAAGAAAAUGGUAAGUUCUACAGCAUUCAUUUCAGUCAUGUACUUUUUAUAAACAUGCAUGGGUAUU